AUGGCUUAUCCACUUUUAGAUGAUGACUUAAGAUCCAUUAGGGUUGCUUUUGGAACUUGUCCAGGGAAUAGCUCAAUGCAAUUUGGAGAGAGAUUUUGGCAAGGUUUUUUUUUCGGUGUAAUUAUAUUUUUUGUAUUGUCUAAAUAUAUACGUUCAUAUAAGAAGAGAAGAGGAAUGAGAAAAAUGAAAUCUGCUUAUUUAUCAAAAGAUAGAGGAUAUGGUGGACCAAUGUUAGAUGAAAAUGAUAAUAGUAAUGGCAGAUAUAGAAAACCAAGAACCCAUGGAUUAUUUGAAGAAAUUGAAAAGAGAAAUGGAUUUGAUGUUGAUGAUAAUACAAACACUAAUACUUUUUCUGAAGAGUUUAAUCAUGUAGAGCACAAUUCAGAUGGACAAACAGAAGGUUCAUCAUAUGUGAAUAAUUCAGAUGAAAGCACAGAAAAUCAUGUAUCUGAAAAUACUUCAUAUGGAAAUCAUUCAUCUCAACAUAGCGUAGGCAAACAAUCUGUUAAUAAUCAAGAACAUAAGAAAGAGUACAGUAGUAAUAAUUUACCUGCAGGAAGAAAUUAUUCUUUAGGAAAUUAUAACACAGGAACAGGUUCACAAGGAAGUACAACAUCUAGACAUUAUUCAUUAGGAGGACAACCAUCAUCAUCAGGACGCUCUUUUAGUGGUUCAAAAAGUAGCACUAACAAUUUAGCUACCUCAAGUACAACCGAAAGUAGCUUAUCUGGUUUAAACACUAAUGAAAUGGUUGCAUAA